GUGAAGCUGUCCCAACAUCCUGGACCGAUUGAGGGGUGAUUGUGGGUGGGGGUGAGAGAGGUUUUGGUGGAGGGAUGCUGGUGAGUUGCACGGUAGUGACAGGGUCGAUUUCCAGUGUCGGAUUCGGCUGAAAUUUGGGCUGAGGCUCGCGAAACCUUGAUUUGCGGUGGCCAGUGAUUGGGGGUUGAUCUUUAAUAGGGGUAUUUUCGUCUUUAUAAUAAAUGCCAUUGUAUUUAACGGACAGUAAAAUUGUAUUUUGGAAGUUUUUGGGUGAGAAAGUGUUAUGAGACCUUUAUUUGGGUGCGAAUAAGUCGUUUACUCUAAAAUUUAAUAGCAUAAAGUCUUUGUCAUGUUUUAUUACCAAAAUUAGCAAAAGCAAUUGUAAAGAUCAGUAAAUUUGAAAGAUUAGCUGGUUUAGUGCUGAUAGAUAUAUAUACAAUGUCCAGAAUGAUCGUGACAAUUUGUUUUAAGUGAAACAGCACGAACAAAGUCCGCAUAUCUGUAUUGGCUUACGUAGGAACCACAUUUAACUGUUAACCGUUAAUGGCAAAAAAGACAAUAAAGGAAAAACACCUGGUAUUUCUUGUUGAAGGUGGAAUUAUGCUUUGAUGAAAUCUACGGUAUAGUUUAUUUCGUUAAAUACUUAAUUCUAGAGAGAUGAGAAUGCCAGGUCCUACCACCCGCCUCGUUUAUAUCACUAGUUUAAACUGUUGACAAAGAUGUCCAAGAUUUUCAUGUGGAUUUAAUGUUAUUAUUUGCUUGAUUUCAACUACUAUAAAUACCCCAUCAUAUUUGAGCGUUGUUGGAGUAGGAUACAUAGCAUAAAAAUAUGGCAAUUGCUUUUAACUCGAUAUUUCUAGUGAUUCUUUUUUGUGGGUCAGCUUUGGGAACGAGAAUUCAUUUGUUUUCAGUGAAAAGUCAGCCUGGUACGAGUAUGAGUGCAUUGUCCUCAUCAGCCUCUGGUGGAAUGUGCAACACAGUGGUGAAGACAAAAGGCUAUACUUGUGAAGAACAUACAGUAACCACACAAGAUGGUUAUAUUCUCAGCAUGCAGAGGAUUCCAGUGGGGCGGUCAGGUGGGUCAGCAGGAGAUAGACCUCCAGUUCUGUUACAGCAUGGUUUACUAUCGGAUGGAUUUGUAUGGCUGGCAUCAUCUCCAGAGCAAGCUUUAUCAUUCCUAUUGGCCAAUAAUGGCUUUGACGUAUGGAUUGCCAAUGGACGUGGAACCGUAUAUAGCCUAGGACAUAAAUCUCUCAGUCCUGAUAACGCAGUUAUAUUCCUCAUUCAUUCUAGAUCUUAUGACCUUACCGCUAUGUUCCAAUACGUGUACAAAAAGACAGGACAGAAUCUGCACUAUGUUGCGCAUUCACAGGGAACUUUAAUGGCUCUGGCCGCUUUAUCCAAGAAUCAACUAUUGGACAUGUGGAGAUCAGCUUCAUUACUUGCCCCAAUAUCUUAUAUGGGUCAAAUUACCUCCCAGUUUGUCAGAGUUGCCGCUGAAAGCAUGCUUGCCGAGGAAUCCUUUUGGUUACAUCUUGGUGAAUUUAACAUAUUGAAGGGGCCUGAAAUCGAACUUAUGGCGAUUGCCUGCCAAACAAAAGGUGUAAAUUGCACUGACCCCUUUUCUGUUGUCUCAGGAAAGAAUUGCUGUCAAAACUCCUCCGCGGAAAGUGAUGUGGUGGCCCAUGGCCUUCAGUCAUCUGCCUCAAAAAACAUGAUUCAUUUUGCUCAGAUGGUCACUAGAGGAACCAUAACAAUGUUUGAUUACGACAAUAAGGAUGAGAACAAAAAACAUUACGGGCAGACUGUUCCUCCAGUUUACAACUUGAAAAGCAUUCCAAAUGACUUUCCUCUCUUCCUCUGCCAUGGAGGCGCAGACACUCUUGCUGAUGUUUACGACGUGCAACACUUGGUGGAUACCCUAAAAGAUCACGCUGGAGACAAGCUUGUGGUUAGAUACAUAGAAAAAUAUGGGCAUUCAGACUUUUUAUUGGGUGUAGAUGCCAAGAAAGAAGUAUAUGAUCCUCUCAUGGCUUUCUUAAAGCUUCACUGAGGAAGCAAGUUGUCCAUCUGCAUCUUCAUGUUUUCUGUUCUAGUAAAACUGAUAUGGCUUAUAUGUUAAUAGAAACAGGUAUCCGAAUAUUACGAUCAUAUUAAUGGGGCAUUAAAUGAUAUAAAUAAUAUUUACAGCUAAGUGCUUCAAAAUGAUUUCAAGUCU